AUGAAGCUAGUUAUUUUUUGCCUAAUUCAAAUGGUGAUGGGGUUGAAUGCUGGAGAAAGGGUGAUUAAGAUAAUUUCUAGGAGCAAUCCGAACAUGAUUCUAUCGACAAAGCAUUCAGAGGCUGAAGGAGACAGUGUCUUGCUGAUUGAUUUCAAGAAGAAUAAAGGAGCUAAGAAAGCAAGCGAGUCGAACUUCACCAUUACGAGUGAGAAGCAUGAAAUAACGCAAGGCAAAAUCAAUUUGUGUAAAGAUGAGUUCAACAACAAUAUUAAGGCAUGUGUUAUAAGCGAGGGGCCGCAUGCAAAUUCCAAAUGGAAUUUAUUUUCUGAGAAUGGAGGCGUAAAGAUAAAGAACGAUCAUAACUUGUGCAUGAUGCCAGACCCCAGCCAGCUAAGGCCUGAAGGAAUGGCUAUUGUUGCAAACAAGUGUCUGCCUGAAUCGAUAGAUCAGAUUUUUGAUAUAAGUGAUGUUAAAAGUGAGGACAGCCAGGACAGUGACGGAACGGAAGAGAAUGUGGAUCACAAGGGAGAUGCGCCUAUGGGAAGCAUGCUUGAAUAUAUACUCAGCCUGUCACCACAGAUACGAAGCCAACUGAAGUCGCGCCUGAUUUUAUAUGAUGGGGAAGGAAAGAAGAUUAAGUCGUUUGCUGGAAGUGUGGAGUCACUGACGAAUAUCGAUCCAAGCCUAGGGUUGUUUCCGCACAUGAUUCAUGGAUCGGUACCAUACCAAAGCCCGAAAUCACUGGAUCAGUAUAAAAGCAAUAGAUAUAUCGCUAUUUCACCAACAUAUUCUCACAAUGGAAGCUAUGCAUAA